GGGGGGGUGGAAAGUGUUGUGCUCUCUCUGCUAUAUAUAUUUUUUAACUGGAAUCUUUUAGAAAUCAUGGAGAAUGAGAAACCAUCCGCCAAACAUUACGGGGCUCUGGAAUCAACGACGUGGAAUGCAGAGAGCGUCAAAGACUCGGAUGUUAUUUCAAUGGCAGACUCCACCAUAACAGUGGAUGAUAUAGAAGAUGAACUCUUCAAAAUUGAGAGGAUCAGAGAGAUUCUUGUUCGAAGAGAGUCUGAACUGCGAUACAUGAUGGAUGACAUACAACUCUGCAAAGAAAUAACGCGGCUCAAGAAAGAGUUACAGAAGCUGGUCUCCAUCCCAGAUAAGGACAAAUCGAAUGAGGAUAAACAGAAGGAAGAAGAAUUAUUGCAACAGAUUCAUAAACUCGUGGAGACGAGAGACUUCUUGGUGGACGACGUUGAAUUUGAACGACUGAGAGAGCGAGAGGAAGACAAGGAAAUGGCUGAUUUUCUGCAGACUAAAUUAUCCAGCGGCAACUACAAAAGAACAAAUGCUGUGAAGGAGACGAAGCGGGCAGGGCGAGGGCACCAGACAUCCGCCCCCUUCAUGGCUAAGACUGGGCUGACUCUGCUGAAGGACUGCUGUGGCUUCACCUGCUCAGUUAUGUAGCGGCUUGGAUGACGGUGGAGAUCUCUACACAGAAAUGCGUGGGAGGGGGGGGAAGGGGGACAGGGAGCAUUCUGCAGCCCACCGCACCAUACACUUGCCAGCAGGCAAACCAAUCCAAGGAACUUGUCAAAAGCCGGGCUCUGGGGUUUGACUUUGCCGCAUUUCACUGCCGCAGAGACAGACGUUAGCUCAUCCCACCCCCCUCACUAACACUACAGCUCCCAUUCCCACUGCUUCACAAACCAUCUAUUUAUAUUGUAGCACCAGAUUAUUGAUAAAACAACUUACAAGCCACAGUAACCCUGGUCAGUAUUUUCCCCAAUGGCCAGAGACAUCUCUAGAGGCCAAAGGUGGUGAAACCUCUUCACAGCCCUGUUCAGGUACAAGUCAGAGCCCCAGCCCCCACCUCUGUUAGACACUCCGCAACAAUUGCUUACUUCAGAGCAGGGCACCUGAGCAGUCACAGUAAGCACACCGAGUAUGACAUAGUGAGCAGUCGCUGUGAACACACUGUGAUAUAGUGAGCAUUCACUGUGAUAUAGUGAGCAUUCACUGUGAACACACUGAUAUAGUGAGCAUUCACUGUGAACACUAAUAUAGCGAGCAGUCACUGUGAACACAAUGAGAGUGACAAAGUAAGCAGUCACUGUGAACACACUGACAGUGUUUACAGUCACUGUGAACACAUUGUACAAAAACUCAACUGGUCUGACAUCUGACACUUUAUUAAUGUAAGGGCAUGGCUGUAGUUAACGGACCAAUAGACUGGGAGAUGUGAGCUAAGCUAAUUAUUAUUCCCUAAUUAAUAUUAUUAAUAUAAAUCCACAGGAACGUGCCUUUUUUGAAAAUCACUUCUGUGUCCAUCUACCUGGCCCAGUUUCUAAAUACUGCACUGUUGCUCUCUACCUUUCAUAGCCCCAAGUCCCAACUAAUCUAAACCACUCUGGAAACUGCCAAACUAUCUGUCUCCACUGCCUCUCUCUCUGGGAUGUUGAUUCCACAUAAUCACCACCAUUGGUCUUCAGUGAAUCCAACGCUCCCCCUUCCAUUAGAGAAGGCAGUGCAGCAGAUUAACUCCACACUCCAUCACAGGCCACACUUUAGUGGUGAAUAGAUCAGUUGGCAGUGAGCAGCUCUUACAGGAACAGUAAUGAAAUCCCUCUUACGGAAUGAAUUGGACAAAAAAACCAAUAAGAUGAUCACAAUUUAAUGAGAACCUGUUGCGAGGUCUUGUGUCUCUGGAGUGAGGCUAAGAACGAAAGAGAGUAGCAGCUGCUUCCUGUUGUAAUACAUUGUGAUAUAAUUGAAUCCGAGUGCUUGUCACUCAGUGGGUGGCAGUGCACUGCGUCCACUUGGAUCCAUGUUGUAUGUUGAAUAGAAGUGGGUUUUGCUCCAUGUAACUAGGCUGUGGUUACAGACUGACAUUUCCAUGGAGCAGUGCCUGGCAGUGCUUGGUGCAAACAUCAUUAUCUGGUCACUUGGAGAAACAGCAACAACAACAAAUUACAUUUGUAUAGCGCCUU